GUAGACAAACGCAAGCGCGAAGGCGACAAAAGCAAAUUGUCCGUUAUCCGUUAUAUUAGUUCAUUUAGUGUUGGCCGGUUUUGUUUUGAUCGCGUUCGCCGUCUCGCGUUCAGUUGAUAAGGUGAUUGCUGUUGCAACAUUUGUACCUGGCCAAAACAGAGAAGAAAUACCAAAGAAGAAGUCUGCAAUGCUGGAAUCCCAAGUGUAUUAGUCAUGAUCGUGUCGCUGCGGCAUUUGAAUCACCCGACAGGCCCCUUCCCCCAACCGUAUCCCCAGCGACAGACCGAGUCAGUGUCAGAGUCAGAGUCACAGCCGCUGAGUAUUCAUGAAUAACCCACCAACGAUCAACGACCAACGAAACAACGGCAACAGAGAGCGGCAGACAACUGUUUACACUCAGUCAGUUGAGUUCAGAUUGGUUGAGUUCAGUUAUUACUCAUAGCAUCGCAUCUGAACGCGUUUUGAGACGGACUUCAAAUUUUGACUGACACUUGAAUGCAAAAUUACUUCUCACUGGAAUAUCACAUUAGUUGCGAUUACGUGAACAACGAUCAGUAAAUAACAAACAACUAAUAACAAUAACAAAUAACAAAAUUGUGCUGUGUUCAACUGAGCUGAGCUGUGACCGAAACUGAUAAGAGCAACUACUCCAACGCACUGAGUGCUAGUGAUCUGUGAAUCUGUGGCCAGAGAUUGGCGAUCUGUGAUUGCUAAUCAGAGUGUGUCGCAAUCGGAGCGUGUAAGUCAAUACAGCUGUGAGAAAUUGAAUACGAGUACACAUCUAAUAACAAUCGCAUGUGCCACACACCAAUAAACCCAGCAUGAGUGACGACACAACCCAGGGCCUUGCAUAUGGCGACGAUAUGGGACCGGGACCGGGACCGGGACCAACGAUUGCACUGGAUGCUGCUGUUGAUGAAAGCGGCUUCUCUCAGUCGUUGUUGACCUUUGCGGCGAUCAUGACAUUCCUGAUCAUGAUCGUGGGCAUCUUUGGCAAUUUUCUAACCGUUGUGGCGCUACUCAAAUGCCCCAAAGUUCGCAAUGUGGCAGCUGCCUUCAUUAUAAGUCUUUGCAUUGCCGAUCUGCUGUUCUGUGCAUUGGUGCUACCCUUCCAGGGAUUGCGCUUUGUGCAGGGCACCUGGCGACAUGGCGAAGUCCUCUGCCGCCUGAUCCCGUUCAUCCAGUAUGGCAACAUUGGCGUCUCCCUGCUCUGCAUCGCAAUGAUCACGAUCAAUCGGUACGUGAUGAUCACCCACCAUGGCUGCUAUGCCCGCAUCUAUAAACGACACUGGAUUGCCAUCAUGAUCGCUGCCUGCUGGCUCGUCUCCUACGGAAUGCAGCUGCCAACUCUAUUGGGCGCCUGGGGUCGCUUUGGUUACGAUGCCCGUCUGCAGACGUGCUCCAUAAUGAACGACAAGCAUGGACACAGCAGCAAGACGACACUGUUUAUUACAGCUUUUGUUAUACCCUGCCUGGUGAUCAUUGCCUGCUAUGCCAAGAUCUUUUGGGUGGUCCACAAGUCCGAGCAGCGUCUCAAGCGUCAUGCCAACAAACAGAAUUCCAUACCCAAUAAUCUGCGACCUGUUGCCACAGCCACUUCGUUGCCCUCUGGUGCGGAUAUCCAAACUUCGACGCCGACUCAGACUCAAUCAGCUGCAGCAUUGCCACCCAGCCGAGUGUCCUCCGACAGCAGCAGUAGCUACUCCACAGACGUGCCAGAGGCGGUAGUCUCUGUUGGCGGUGGUAAGCAGCCUCCGACGCGGGUCAAGGAUCAGCGCGAGGUGCGGGCCAAGCGGAACGAGUGGCGCAUCACCAAAAUGGUUUUGGCCAUAUUCUUGUCCUUUGUCAUCUGCUAUCUGCCGAUAACAAUUGUCAAGGUGGCCGAUAAGGAUGUGGAGCAUCCGAGCCUGCACAUAUUUAGCUACAUCAUGCUGUACUUAUCCGCCUGCAUCAAUCCGAUCAUCUAUGUCAUCAUGAACAAGCAGUACCGCAAGGCCUACAAGACGGUCGUCCUCUGUCAGCCGGCUCGUCUGCUCCUGCCCUUCGGCAAGACGAAUGGAGCGAGCAGUGCGGCAGAGAAAUGGAAAGAUACCGGGUUGAGCAACAACCACAGCCGCACUCUCGUCUCCCAGAUGUCGGCAGGCGCAACAGCGGCAACAGCGGCGGCGGCGUCGGCGGCAUCAUCGGGUACGGGAACGGGAACGGGAGCGGUACCGACGCUAGACUCCCAUCCCGGUCAAUCGGCGACAGCGCCAGCUUCGCCAAAGUCGACACAAUCGCUGGAGUUAAUGUCAAGGAGACCGGAUCUGAUAAGCAAAUUGAAUGUGGCGCCAUUAGUUACGCCCCCACCGCCAUCAGUAACAUCGGUAACAUUGCUGGCACCAGCAGCAACAACAACAACAACAACAACGGGGGAAGGGGCCAACGGGGGGAACGGGAACGGGAACGGGAGCAGCCGCCUGCCGCUCAAGAAGAACAAUCACUCCUACAUCAACAACGGAUUCAACAGCAGCGGAAACAGCCUGAGCAGCGCCAUCUAUCGCCCAGGAGCUGGCUCAAUGGGCAGCGGAUCAGCGCCAUUGCGUCGCAUCACUAUGGUGGGGGACGACAUCAUACUGGAGGAGGAGGAACUGCCCGCAACGCCAAGUCCGACGGGGACGUUGCAAUCAACACCCCCACCACCACCACCACUACGAGCCUCACCACCGACAGCAACCACAAAAGUAACGAAAUCACCCAUUUACAUGAACGUCAACAGUCCGAAGAGAAUGCAGCCUUAUAGCGCCAACACUCCACCCAAGGACAAGGAUGCACCGCAGCAGCAGAGCCCGGACAAAGGCCAGGAUGAUGCGAGCAAAGUGCCAACACAGUUUCCAAAUCCAAAAGACUAACGAAAUGCUUUAAUUCCAAAUAUCGUAACUGUUACAUUCCCAUACACCACACACACACACACACACACACACACACACACUGCUUUUGAAAUGAUAGCACGAAUAUAACAUUAUGUUAUUUACAUACAUAUGUCGUAAAUGCUAUAUCGUGCACUCAAUAUCGUUUCCAGCAAUCGUAAUCGUAAUUAUACCUAUUUAUGGAUAUUUAUCGUUGAUCACAAUUAGUAUUAACCAGUUUUUAUUUAUAUAUGCUAUGUACCACAUACCGCACCCAAUUUGUAAUUACAUUUAUUGGACUCGUAUUUAACAGUUCUGUUAUGUUAUGAGAUUCAUCGUAAGCUGUUAACUUUUACAGCAUUGGGUGCAGGGUAUCUCAUGGUCGUUCACUCUCGACUUGUACCGUUAAUAUUUAUCUAAUACUUACAUUUAUAUAUUUAUAUAUAAAUAUGUACACCAUUUUUUUUUUGUUUUUUUUUCAACAAACAAAGUUGUUUGAAUUAUCAGAUACGUUAAGAUCUGAUUGGCAGGGGUCUAACCUGGACCUUAACCUCAAUUGAUAGAUAGAUUGCUGUCAUAAGGCAUUCCAUAUUAUUUAUAUAUAUGUGUAUUUUUAAAACUACUUGCGUAUGUAUGAUUGUACCUACUUAUUAUAGAUGGCACCUAAUAUAUUUUAAAUCGACAGCAAACAAAAACAAAAA